AGUGAUCUCACCACUUGGAGAUUACCGGAGUCUAUAUUCCUCUGACUAUUACUUUUGACCAUACGGUCCCUCUUUUCACUAGGCACUACACGAGAAUCAUAACCAACCUUGCAGAUAUCGAGUUUUUCUAACGGUAUGCUCCUUUCAACCACUUCACCCUGUACCCGGUUUGUGCCCGUGAAAAGGGCCCGGGGUGUAGCAGGGGUACGAUCCAUGUAACAAUGUCCGAAGGGCUUUUGGAGAUUAAGAUAGAUCCCGCUGAGGCAUCCGGCAGCCUUCCACCGAGACUAUCUCCGUAUUCCCGUUUUUGACACCCGUUCGUCCGGACUGUUGCGUUGCAAGUUGAGUCGAAGCAGAUAUAAAGUUGACGCCCAAGUUGGAGUCAGGAUCUUCUUCACAGCAUCCCCAACCCAUCUCUGGAGUCAGAAACAUAUACUGCCCAUCAUGAAGAUCGCUGCCGUUGCCGUUCCAGUUCUUGCUUGCCUGGCCAGCGCCAACCCCGUCGACCUCGACACCCGCCAGUCCUGCCCGCAGGUUCACAUCUUCGGCGCCCGCGAGACGACGGCCCCCGCCGGCUACGGCACCUCGCAGGGGCUCGUCAACAUGGUCAAGCAGGCGUAUCCGGGCUCCACCAGCGAGGCCAUCAACUACCCGGCGUGCGGCGGGCAGUCCCAGUGCGGCGGCGUCAGCUACGACAACUCGGCGAGGCAGGGCACCCAAGCCGUGGUGCAGGCCGUCACCAGCUUCAACCAGCGCUGUCCCAACACAAAGAUUGUCCUCAUCGGCUACUCGCAGGGCGGCCAGAUCAUGGAUAACGCCCUCUGCGGCGGUGCCGGCGCCACCCUUACCGGCAAUGCCCUCGCUGCCGUCAAGGCCGCCAUCUUCAUGGGCGACCCGCACAAUGUCGUCGGCUUGCCAUACAAUGUCGGCACGUGCCAGGCUCAGGGUUUUGCCGCUCGGCCCCGCGGGUUCCAGUGCUCCCCGGCCAGCCCGUCCAUCAUCCAGUCGUACUGCGAUUCGACCGACCCCUACUGCUGUACCGGCAACGACGCCAACUCGCACCAGCAGUAUGUCAACAAAUACGGCCAGCAAGCGCUGGCAUUUAUCAAGAAUAAGCUCGGUGCUGCUUGAUCUAGCCGCUUUGGAUGGGAGUGAAAUGCAACGGGUCGUACAUAGCACGCCACGUCUGCAUAUACAAAUACCAGAACACAUUCACCUCGUUGAUAUUGAAGUCUGUAUUUAAUCCUAUUCCAGUCAUUCACCAUAUACAAGAUCAUCUGGACUCUUAGU